AUGCAGCGUGCGCAUGGCAUUCCGUCGCCCGCAAACCCCACGCGCAGCAGCGAGGUGGAGGCGGAGGACGAUGACGAUCUUGUGCGGCAGCUAGUCGAGGCGGUCGACGUGGACGCUAUCAUUGAGCGCAUGGAGAUGCAGCACCAGCGCCACAUUUCCCCCAUCGUUCAGAGCCUGAAGAGCUUCGACCGCGCCCCACGCCGUGAGCCGCGCGCCACUGCUGCCCACAGUUACCAACAAUCGCAACAACAACAACAGCAACGGCAACCACCGUGUGAGACGCGGUUCAGUGCACCGCUGCGCUCACCAGUGGAGGAUGCGGAGCCGCAGGGAAGCUACGAGGAGCCCGUGAAAGGAGUGUGGUCCGCGCCGCCGAUAGCACCUGCGUACACCGCACCAGAGCGGAAACGGUGGGGGUCAGAUUUUGGCAUACCGGCGUCGUUGUCACUGCAGUCGCCCCGCGGAUCUGACGAAGAUGCCUCCUCCGCACCCCGCGAUAAUGACUACACGGAGAAGCCCGCUGUCAACCGGCAACAUCGGUCGCGUGAACACCGAGCCACAAGGCUGCGGCCCCCUAUUGAGUCUCCUGGCUUGGUGAAGUCACUGUCGCCCCACUGCCCGCCGCCGCCUCCGCCUCCGCCUCCGCCGCCGCCUCCCCCCUCCCUGGCGCAGGGUAGGCGGGCAUGGAGUAGGGCGCAGCAGCGCCGGCGUCAAAGCGACCGGCAUCGAGCACCGUCACCUGGUGAAUUGCCCCACUAUUCCGUGAACCGUCAAUUGGAGCUCCACCGUUCGUACUGUGAGCUGUCAAGCAUUCGCGGUCCAUCCCUUGACAGACCCGAAAGACGAAGUCAGAGUGCCCGGAAUGAGUACUGCGACCGUUUCCACGACCCCUACUUUGGUGGCAGCCUUUACCGGGGACCUCCCGCACCCCAACGUACGGAUACUACUUCAGUGCGGGGACGCUCUUCCUCACCACCAGCCGUUGCGCCGACCCUGUCACCCGUCGCACAAGAUGAUAGAUGGCCACAGUACACCGGGAUCAGUUCUUGCUACGAUCAUAGGGGUUAUUGGGGUUACAUGGGAAAUGGCUUUGAGGGAACACCUACAGCUACCACGGAGGAGGUGCACACCCCAGAUGACGUGGACUACGAUGAAGAGGAAGAUAGGGAAUUUGUUACAGUGCCACCACGCAUCAUAGAACGUGAGCAACAUCUGCGGUCGCGGGUGGUAGAACCGCCACUGAAUAGCUGCGACGCUGUCACUGGCUCCGCAUAUAGCAGAGGGAAUGGUAUGGAGCACGAACCUGCAGUGGGAGGGGAAAAAAUGACAAGGAAUCAUGAUGGGUCUCUAGGGCUGUCGUAUGCGAUGCACACCGUCCGGCCACGAUCGCCACAUUACAUGGACGCGGACGGCGUUGCUUCAAGUAAUAAAGUAUUGAGAUCACCUGAUUGGGAAGCCGCGCAUGUGGGGAAAUUGUCGUUGUUCUUGGCCGCAACACCACGAGAGCGCGCCAUGAUGGAGGCAAAAGUGCAGGGCAAGGUGCCUCACGACCGCUCUGAGUCACAGAGUCGCCCUCCAGCCACACUGAAACGAGUUUUGUCAACAACUCUUUCAGAAAGCAACGAUUAUACGUUAUGUCCUGAAAAUUCAGCAAUACGUCAAGGCGCGCAGCGCCUCAGCCCUGCAUUGUCGCCAACGCGGCAAAGGGACCAAACAUCCGCCGCGCAAGGUUCAUCCGAUGCCAAACCUCGCGCUAACGGGAACAUGAACUCCAGACGAGAUAAAACAAAGGAUGUGGCAGCCUUACCGAGGCAUAGCAGGAUGACGCAGCAUAAACACGAGCACUACGGGCUACGUACGGCGGUUAGGAGUGCUGGGAAGGGAAAGGAUGUCGUAUCCCCUUCCCGUUCAAAUGGAGGUGACUCCUCUGACUCGUAUACGUACUCUAGUUACAGUUAUUCCUCAUACAACUCACGGGAUAAAGAACCUCAAUCAAUCUUGCCUGCGGCCGCAGCGGUCAAACCGAACAAUCUCCACAAAGGGGGCUCCACCGCGGUUCGGCCGUGUCUAGGAUCCAAAGCCUCUUCGCCACUGAACUCUCGUGUGUAUCCCCCUCCAACAAAUCAGGGAUGGAAAAAGGUGAAGCAAUCAAUGCUUCAACCUCACGGUGUGCUGCAACGAAAGCAAAGAUUGGGACCACCUCCGCCUUUCGGCAUAAAAAUGGCUCCAGCGGUACCACUGCGUGCUUCGCUUCAGAAUUCAUUUGUAGAUAUUCGUUCCGAUCAUACUUUGGACUUUGACCUUGUUCCGGCGGCGGAGGCAAUUAGUGCUCAUUCCUACUCGAAGCAUCCAUGUCCACGAGGGAGGCCUUUUAUAGGUAAUUCGCGCUCUAAUGCUAGUCUGCGGAGUCUCCCCAUGUCAACAGCAUCAAAGAUGCCAUAUAUGUCGUACCUACCACAAUCUCUGCUGGCACCAGCGAGGACCUCAGUACCACUGCCUAAGCCACUUCCCACGCAAACCACUCCGCAGGAGAAAUCCCGCGGCGCCUCUGUGCCUGCCUCCAUAACUAGGCUUCCCAUUGGGGCUAAAGAGAUCGUCUGGCGCACCAGCGGUGGUGGCUGUGUCGAGGGCAAAAGACAUGAGGUGCAUCUGGUCGUGAAAACAAAAUUAGAUCCACAAACUGUUUCCCCGCAACAGAGAAGUGUGUCCGUCGGCACAAACCCGCCGCCGCCAUGUAGGGUUCCUCUUAGAGCGAGAAACUCGAGUAGUGAAAUGCGAAGUUCCAGCGUCAAUCGUGCCGUCGAGGUGCCACAGCGACGCCCGAGCAGGGAGAUCUCGCUUGCUGGCAAUACGCAACCAAAGAACUUCAUGGAAACGUCUUCUGGUUGUGCACGUUUGGUGCAUAACCCAGAAAACCAGACUAAUUCAGUACAAGCAGUCGUUAUCCAGAGUCUGUUCAAGGCAAAGUAG